AUGCGCAGGCUCGGGAUGCGUACUACAGUGGGAAACCCUUGGUAUCAGACGACAUUUUUGAUCUGGUCGAGCGCCGGUUGCGGUGGUUCCACUCAGCUUUGGUCAAGAAAUAUCCACGUUGCAGCAUACGAGCGCUCUAUUGCUACUCUGAUGCCGAGGCGGACCCUUCUCAGAUGGCAGCGCUGUCAACCAUGUGGUCGCGUGGAUAGGGUGGAAAACCCUAUCCUCUCGAGCCCGCUGUGGCAGCUGGAUGGAGCCAUGGCAGCUGGCAUCUGCUUCCUCCUCGGGGCAGUUCUUGCGUCCGCUGCAGCACGCCCACUGCAGCGCAUAAGCCAGGGCAAGAUGGUGGCACUACAGGGAAACUGUCCACACUGUGGAGAGGAGGUUUACUCGUUCGUUACACUGGAAGGGGGGAGCAGGCAUCGACACAAGGCUGAAUGUCAUGUCUGCGGCCAGCCUCUGGUCUUUCAUGCAUUCGUGGAGGCAUCUCCAAGCAAUCCCAAGCAUUCAUGGGCAUACGGUAGAAUAUACGUUGUGGCUAGAGCAAAGGAUUUGGAGCCUCCUGCAGAAGCAAACCCUUAG